CUGAUGCUUUCGCUCCCCUCUCUCCUCCUCCUCUCCUCGCAUGGCUCGUCCGCUGCCACCUCGCAUGGCUCGUCCGCCGCCGCCGCCGCCCCUCCGCACGCGCUGCACCCGCUGCUCACUUCUUUGCGCAGCGUGCGCGAGCGGCUCACACGCCGGCGAAAGAAGCGAAUCCUGAUUCUGAUCUCCGACACCGGCGGCGGCCACCGCGCCUCGGCCCAGGCGCUCGCCGGGCUCAUAGGGAGGCAGCACGGCGAAUCGAUCGAGGUUUCGAUCGUUGAUGUCUGGACGAACUAUGCACCCUAUCCCUUCAACAGGAUGGUGUCGCAAUAUCGGUACAUGCAGUCUCGGCCGCUCCUGUGGGGCACCAUGUACCGGACCUCCGCGUUCCCGCCCACCCGCUUCCUCUUCAACUCAGCGCAGCGGCUGCUCGCCAAGAGCGGCAUCCGUGCGUGCAUCGCGCAGCACGAGCCAGACCUUGUCAUCUCGAUGCACCCGCUCUGCCAGACCGUGCCGCUGCAGGCACUCGCCUCGCUCGCCCACGAUGGCCCCUCCCCCUCCUCCGUCGCCGGCGGCGAAGCGCGCGGACGGGUGCCGUUUGUGACGGUGGUGACGGACCUGGGCGCGGCGCACCCGCUGUGGCUGCACCCCGGGGUCGACCUCUGCUUCGUCCCCUCCUCCUCGUUUGUCCGCGCCGCCAAGAGCAAGGGGCUCACCGACGCCCAGCUGCGACUCCACGGGCUGCCGGUGCGGCACGACUUUGCGGUGCAGCGGCGGCGCGGCGCGGCGGCGCGGCGCGAGCUCGGUCUGCAUGCAGACCGGAAGACGGUGCUCGUCGUUGGCGGCGGCGACGGGUCCGCUGCAUCCUCCGAAGUGUCCGCGGCAAUCUUAGACUGCCACGCCGACCUCGGCAAACGGGGCGAGCCGGUGCAGCUCGUCGUCAUCUGCGGCCGGAACGCGCGGCUGCAGCAGCAGCUCCGUGAGACGGAGUGGGCGCCGUCGAUUCACGUCGUUGUCGAGGGCUUCGUCACGCGCAUGUCCGAGUUCAUGGCCGCCGCAGAUUGCCUGAUCACCAAGGCUGGGCCGGGCACGAUUGCCGAGGCGUCCAUCUGCGGGCUGCCCGUCAUGCUCUCGGGGCGCGCCGCAUCUCUCGGCCCGCACCUCCCAGGCCAAGAGACGGGCAACGUGCGCCACGUGCUCUCCAACGGAUUUGGCGCUUACUCGCGCAACCCGCGCACUAUCGCGGCGACCGUCUCUCGCUGGCUCUCGUCGCCCUCAGAGCUGCAGACGCUGUCGCGCAACGCUCGGGCAGCGUCGCGACCGGGCGCGACGGCCGACAUCGUGCGGGACGUGUUGCGGCUGCUGGAGGAUCGA